CCAAAGACGUCCAUCUGAGAGUAGAUCCACCACAUGAAGGAUCUAGUCAGGAGAAAACCACCUUGAGAAGAACAAACAGGUUCAAGCAUCUACAGAAAGUGCAGGAGGUAGAUGGAUGUUUUAUUUAUUUAUUUUUUUGCAGUCUAUCACGUUAAAGGUGUUCGGUAAGGAGCUGGUUUUUAGUUCUCCUUGAAGACUGAUGGGGACUCUGCAGAUCAGAGUUUGGGACUACAGCUAAUGAAAAAAUGAGCUGAACUGACAUAGAGACAAGCUGAGGUAGGAGAAACUCAUUGUUUUUCCAGUGGAAACGAAAUCCAAAGUGCAGAAAUGACCUGCUAGAGGUGGUCAUGUGACAUAUUUGUUUUAUCAGCUGCCUGAGAAUGAGCGAGAAGGUGCAGGAGUUUCUUUUCUAAGGAGAAUCUGAGAUGCAUAAUAGAAGUUUCUGGUUAUCAGAUGAUCAGAAAUGAAAAAGAAUUAAACAGAUUUCUGUCAAAGUAAUGGGGAACCACAGAGGAGAAGAGUCCAGCUGGAGAUAGACUGAGAACGUCAGACCCUUCUGCCCUCCAAGAUCCUCUGAAGGAUCUCCCUGAGAGGUAGGACUUGAACCAGUGGAGGUCUGGUCCUGAGAUGUUAGACCAGGGAGGAGGAUUUGGUGGUUAACGGAUCUGAAGACUGUCCAGCAGCUCCAGCACAACUUGGUGGUUCUGGUACCGAUGGGGGUCCAGUCUGGAUGAGGGACCCUGUUUAGAACCAGACUAGCUUGGAAAAUCCAAACUGAAUCUCCAUGUAAUCUCCUAUCUCCAUGUUAGGAGAUACAGGAGAGUCAGUUUGGCAUUGGGCGAAUUGAAUCGCGUUUCCCUCCUGGUACAGUUUGGUACGACCAAUCAUAGCACGGGAGGCGGGAGUUAAUGCUGCGUCAUCUUCAGCACCUGGAUUACCCAUAAAGAUGAUGCGGAGGAGGAGGAGGAGGGGGGCCACCGCCAUAAAACAAGAAGGAGAGAGACAGAGAGAGAGGAGGGGGGCCAAAGCGAAUCUUUUUGUGGUCUCUUGGCGUUUUGGAUGGCGUUAGUCGUUGCCUCUUUUCACUUGAUGUUUCCGACGAUGAGGAGGCAGUGGAUGGCUCGUUACUUUCGGCUUCUUGCCAUUAUUUGUACAGAGGAAAAUCCCGUUCCAAACGUGAAUGUGGGCGGCGGUGCUGUGACAUCACUGCGUGUCGGUCAGCUGAUGCUUCCUGUCGGUUGCCCAUCAUUCCUCCAUGAACUUCCCUAAUCCUUCAUCACUUCCUCUUUCUGCCAGUUCCUGUCCAAACUGAAGACACUCUGACAGGAAGCUUCACUUAGAGGUUUAUUUGUGAUGUAUUAACAAGUACAGUCAGUAUUUAAACUCUGGCUGUAAGCAGCAACAGUAUCAGCAUAUUAUUAUUGGUAGUACUAGAAGUCUCAUUAAUCAAAGUAUAUUGAGAGUCUUCAUGCAGUUUUUUAGCUUCAUCUAAGAGUUUCACCUCGGUGUGUAAAUAUGGAGGUGUGAUAUGAUUGGUGGAUUCAGAAGAGCUCAGACCAAUCAGCUCAGAGUGGGCGGAGCCUGACGGGAAAACGAGAAGAACUACAACAUGACUUCUUUAUAAAACAGAACAACUGAAAGAGACGGCAGCAGGUAGUACUGACUGUAGUAGAAUAUAGUACUGACUGUAGUAGACCAUAGUAGACCAUAGUACUGACUGUAGUCCUGUUUGUAGUACUGAUAUUACAGACCAUAAUACUGACUGUAGUCCUGUAGUAGGGUAGUACUGCGAUGGAGGCGGUGUGUGAGGACGACCUGUGCUGGCUGCAGCUGGAGGACUUCAGGAUGUUGCUCAUUAAGACCAUCGAUCCGUCCAGGAUCACUCCUUACCUGCGCCAGUGUCAGGUGAUCAGCGCCGAGGACGAGGAGCAGCUUUUCAACGACCCCGCCCUCGUCGUGAGGAGGAGGAAAGUCGGAGCUCUGUUGGACACCCUCCAGAGGACAGGGGUCAAAGGUUACACGGCGUUCCUGGAGAGUCUGGAGCUGGAUUACCCCGACCUGUACCAACGGAUCACCGGGAAGGAACCCAACAAGACCUUCAGCAUCCUCAUUGACACAGCAGGAGAAUCUGGUCUGACUCAGUUCCUGAUGUCGGAGCUGAGCCGCCUCCAGAGGGCGCUGCAGGCUGAGAGACGGCGUCGCCAGCAAGCGUGUUCUGUCGCCAAGGAACAGGAGGCGUGGUCUCGCCAGCAGCAGCUGAGGGACCGCGAGCUGAGGAAACUGACUGAGCGCGUGCAGAAGAUCCGGGAGGAGCGGGAGCGGCUGAGCGAGGAGGUGAAGCAGCUGAGAGACCACAACUACACUCUGAUGGCUGACAUCAACAGCCUCAACCAGGAGAGGAGCAACGCCCUGCUGGCCAAUAGGGACCUGCAGAUAGAGGUGGAGCGUCUGAAGCACACGGUGCUGCGAGCAGAGAACCAGACUCGACUGCUGCGACGACGAACGCUGCGACCGCUGCAGGAGAGCAGGAGUCUGGCUCUGCCCACAGGAACCUUCUUCCAUCCCAGCAGACUGGAGGAACCAAAGGAGGAGAAACAGGAGAAGGAGGAACUGAAGGAGGAGAAACGGGAGGAGGAGGAACUGAAGGAGGAGAAACGGGAGAAGGAGGAACUGAAGGAGGAGAAGAAGGAGGAACUGAAGGAGGAGAAGAAGGAGGAGAUACAGCAGCAGGAAGGUCCAGGUCUUCCCCACAUGAACCUCCUCACCACAGUCUUCAGACUGAGGAGAGAACUCCACCGAGCAGAGGAGCAGAGAGCUAGGAGUGUGCAGGUGAAGGAGGAGCUGGAGCUACGCUGCGCUCAGCUGAAAGGAGACGCCAAGAUUUACCGUCAGCAAAACAAACAAACCCUCCGCCAGCUGGAGGAGGUGAUCAGGGAGAGGGACAAGGCGCUGACAUCACGGGCGGAGCAGCAGGAGGAGGCGCGGCUGCUCCUGCAGGAGAAGGAUCAGUACAGGGAGCAGGUCAGGCAGCUCACCGAGCAAUCCGAUAGGCUGGAGCUGCUCCUGCUGAAGACACAGGGGGAGGAGCUACAACUGAGGACACGCCUCCGCAGAAUCACCUGCAACUCUCACCAGUGUGAGAGGAGUGUGAGCAGUGAGGAGGAGGAGGAGCCAACAGAGAGUGCUGCUAAGGGCAGCAGUGAGGAGGUUCGCAGCGGGACUUCGGGGGAAAAUGAGGAGGCAGCAGCUCAUCAGCAGCAGCUCAGUUCUUCUGUAGGAGAACCAGAGUCUGAACAUAAAGCUAGCAAUGCUGCAUCAUGGGAGGAGCAGACAGACGGCUGUCUCAGAGGUCGUCAGAACUUCUUUUACCGCAGGAAGCGAGCCCUGAGGUCAAAGUUCACCAGCACAGAAUUCAGAGCUGGUAACCUUGACGACAGCAGUGACAUCACGGACUCUGACUGAUGGAGCAAAAACAGUGUGUACUUUUACUGUAACAGAGUACUUCUACUCUGCAGUGUGUACUUUUACUGUAACAGAGUACUUCUACUCUGCAGUGUGUACUUUCACUGUAACAGAGUACUUCUACUCUGCAGUGUGUACUUUCACUGUAACAGAGUACUUCUACUCUGCAGUGUGUAUUUUCACUGUAACAGAGUACUUCUACUCUGCAGUGUGUACUUUUACUGUAACAGAGUACUUCUACUCUGCAGUGUGUACUUUCACUGUAACAGAGUACUUCUACUCUGCAGUGUGUAUUUUCACUGUAACAGAGUACUUCUACUCUGCAGUGUGUACUUUUACUGUAACAGAGUACUUCUACUCUGCAGUGUGUAUUUUCACUGUAACAGAGUACUUCUACUCUGCAGUGUGUAUUUUCACUGUAACAGAGUACUUCUACUCUGCAGAAUGAGUCCUUUUCUGUGACUUGUUGAGAGUCUUUGAAUAAAACGUGACCCUGAAGUUAAA